AUGAUUAAUAAGGUGGUCUGGUUGGUAGCUCACCUUUAUUUGUGCGCAGCGUACAUUACAGAUGUGAAUGAGGAUUUUCGUCCGACGAAACUGCACGAAGGAGACCGGCACAGCAGCCACCCCCCGGUUCUCAUAGAGUGCUUCUCCAGCAAUUGCAAAGAAGGCAGUAGGAGUAGACAUGUCAGUGAGGGGUUGACGAAGAUACGGGAAGAAUUCUUUAGCGAGUCGGAUCAAAGAAAUGAGGAUGGGGGGAAGGGGUCCUUCGUCACGACUCACGCGAAGGACGAGCAGGAAAUGUGCGACGGAAAGUGGGGACUGCAGAAAAAUCAGCUGAUUAUGCCGAACGGCGACGGCGUCGAUAGUAGCGUGCUGAGUCGGGGGAACAAGACGUACUACGAGAAAAUGCUGAUGCACCUGUUUAGUUUGGCCAUCCUCCUCUACAGCAACAAGUCCUACUUGGAAAAAAUGGCCAGCCAACUCCCCCAAGAGCACUACCUAUGCUACAAAGACCUGCAGCAAAACAUGAACCGCAUAUAUGAAAAUAACUUCACCCAAAUGUAUGAAGAGUUUUUUCACCUUGAAGAAAAAGAAAAGCUAAUUGAGCAAAGAGGAAUUGAAAAAUAUUACUACGCCUUUAACCGCAUGGUGUACACGUUGCAGUUUUUCCUUUAUGAAAUUUUACAGAAGGAGGAUGCUCUACACCGAAGCUUUGAGUCCUUACCUGUAGAAUAUGGAUUGCAAAGAAACGAACUAGUAGACACCGUUACCAAGUCGACUCCAAGUCAUAUGGAUGAUAUUUAUUUUAAAACGUAUAAGUUCUUUGACUCCAUGUGCUCCUGUCUGGAUUUAUCCUCCUCCUUUAACUUUACCUACGUCGGCAAGAAGAUGCCUAAAAACCUGAACGAAGAGGGAAGCUUCCACAGAAAAAUCCCCUUGGAAAUGAAAAAAAUAAAUGAGUACAUAACCAACACACAUAACAACAUAGUGGAGUACAUAAAGGAUUUAAGUUCCUAUUUCAAAAAAUUUUUUGAUUAUGCCGCUGGGGAAAAUCUAUUUUGCGAGCCUGUGUUGUAUUGCUAUUCACUCUUUUUGGACUACUACCUAUCGACGAUGGAUCAACUAAUGGUCUACCUGAACCUUCACUUAAAACACCCCAUCAAUAAGGAAUCGCAAGAAAGCCUCAGCCAUAUAUACAAAGAAAUAAAAACGCAUGCAGAUAAUUUGGGGUGCACUAUGCGAUCCUUCUUCUUUAAGAAGAAUAUUAAAUCCGACCCCGAGUUGUCCAUCAUUUCUUUUUUCACAGAUUCUAAUUUUAGGCAUCGGCUAGUAGAUAAGUAUAACAACGAAAAGUACGCCAAUUUUAUUUCCCUCAUGUUAAGCAUCCUUGGCUACCUCCGCGUCCUCGUGGCUUCCAUCACUUCCCUUGUCACGCUGCAAACGGUGUACGCCCUUCUGGUGGACACCGAAAAUGGGGACAUCAAAUAUGUCGACGCUGUGAAGGCUCUCAGUUACCUCACCAAGUACAUCUCGCACAGCAGCUCCCUUUUCGCUGCCGUUCGGAAGGAGAAGAACUAG